AAAUAGUGUACUGCACUGCACGGAACUCCGAAAUAGAUCAUGAUUUCCGGGGGGCACAUUACCACGGUGCACGCUGGACGUUCUCUGCGUUUACGUGCAUGGCAGCUGUGACAAGUUGACGAUCCGCUCAAAAAGAGUGGCUUCUUAUGGAGACUCUGGAGGAGACGUUUAAGACGCUAGGCAUUGCGCGGCGGCUGCAGCCCAGUGAGCCCACCUACAUCCUGGAUGUGGCGCUGCAGCCCUCCCCCUCCGGCUCCAGCGCCGCCCUGGUGGCUGUCAGCUGCUCCAACCGCACCGUGCGCCUCCACCACCGCGAGACGCUGGGUGUGCACGGGGAGUUCAAAGGUCACACAGGGGCGCUGUGCGGGGUGCGCUUUGCGCACGACUCCCCUGACCUGCUCUACUCGGCCUCGGCGGACGGGACGGUGCGGUGCUGGGACACACGCCACCCCGGCUCUAACGCCACGCGCGUGCUCCGCAGCGAGGUGGGCCACGCCUUCUGCUCCUUCGACCUCAGCAGCAACGACGCCGUGCUGUGCGCGGGGACCGAGAAGGUGGCCGAGGAUUCCUUCCUGGUGUUCUGGGACACGCGCAUGGCCUCGGCCAAAGCCCAGGGAAAGCAGCCGGGGCUGCUGGGGGUGUACUCGGAGUCGCACAGUGAUGACAUCACGGCAGUGCGCUUCCACCCGCGCGUGGCGGACCGGCUGGCGUCAGGGGGCACGGACGGCCUGGUGAACGUGUUCGAUCUGAGCCAGGGGGCGGAGGAGGACGCCCUCAUCACCACCUGCAACUGCGACUCCUCAGCAGGCAGCAUCUGCUGGGCAGGUGUGGAUGGCGAGCAGCUGCUGUGCCUGACGCACGACGAGGGUCUUCACCUGUGGGACGUGCGGCAGCUGGACUCCGACGACCCGCUGACCCUGCUGAGCUCCGGCGACGCCCGCUCCCUCGUCACGCUGCCCGACGGCCACGCCCUGGAACACUUUGUGGGCGGAGCCUGGCUGGAGUGGGCGGGGCAGCUGCAGGUUGUGGGCGGGACCAGUCGAGGAGAGCUCCACCUACUGGAGUGCAGUGGGCAGGGCUUGCGUGCGGUGCGCUCGCUGACGGACGGCCACUCGGCCACCGUGCGCUGCUUCCUGUGGGAGCCUGAAGGGGGCGCUCUGCUGACGGGCGGAGAGGACGGCCAGCUGCUGCAGUGGAGGGCGGGCGCCACCGAGCUACAGGGGCCCCAGAGGGACACUCUGAAAAGCACCUCUGCCAUGCAGCUCAAGAGCAAAGCUCACCGCAAGCACCACAGCAAGAGGAACAACACCUAAGACACAACUACUUACCAAACUGCCCUGCUGUUCCAGGACCCCAGACUGCCUUAAGACCCACUAGGUCCUUUUUCUGUGUUUUAAACGGUCCAGCACUGGUGUUCUCUCAGUUUUUUAUUCCUCAGAAAGGGAUUUGAAAGGUUCACAGGCUCCUGUGUGUGGUGUGUAGUCCUCCUGCUGCUAGGGGGCGCUGGAGAGGCCAGCUCUCAGAAGAGGAGCUCUCUGAUCACAAACCAGCUGUAGGUUUCACCCCUGGGCCUCACACUCGCAUGUCCAGCAAACGUGUGUUUCACGAGGCCAAGUGUGUGUCUUACUGUGAACACAUGGACACACCAAACGAGAGCUAUGGAGAUGUCUUUGCUGCAAAUGUGUUGUUGUGUGAAGCAGAAAGGAUCAACCUCAUGAACUUCAAGUGAAGUCGCAGUAUUAAAAUUCCUUUACAUACAA